AUGGCAAGUCAAAUGCCAAGAGCUAUACUAUACAGCAGGUGGCAUACUCAUGUAUUUAUAUUUUUAGGGUGUGAUAUAAAGAGGGAACUUGAACUACUAAAAAAUGCCUUACAUCAAAAGCUCAAUGUGGCACAAUCACCAACUAUAUAUGAUCCAGGUGAAUUUCAACAAUUCUGUGUUACCGUGGGAGCACCGACUCUGUUUAACGCACUUCUUUCGGCUGUUACUAGUGAACGACAAUCAGAGAGGAGAAUUACUGUAAACAAGAAAAGAAUAGUAUCAGUUAUUUACACAUUAUGUUUCUGUUUGAGUCAACAAUGCAAUAAUUUGCAAGUCGAUCAUGGGUUAUAUCUUCAUAGCAGUCGUAUUAACCAAGAGGGAAUUGACACCCAACAUCAAAUGGGAAACACAUGCACUAGGCGUACUGUAAAUAAUGUCCUUGACUCACUUGCUAACAAUCAUAAUCGGCAAUUGGAAGAUUUUAUAACUACAGCAAUGGAAAAUGAAUGGCUUUUGGUACUGAUCAUAGACGAUUAUACUAACAUCCAUACUUUUAGGCGACCAACAGGGAACAAUCCAUCACAAGCUAACAAUAUGUGUACCAUUGUUAUAAAAGCAUUCAGAAAUAUUAACGCUGUUGAAAUUCACAAGACAUCAAUAAACUACACGUUCCUCAAGGAUUAA